UGCAAGAUGAGUGGCAGACAGGGAGGAAAGCUCAAGCCGCUCAAGCAGGCCAAGAAGCAGAACAAGGAGAUGGAUCUGGCCUUCAAGCAGAAGCAGAAGCAGGAAGAGGCUGAACGAAAGGCUGCAGCCGCAAAGCUGCAAGGCAAGAAGAAGUGACCGCUUCAAUAUAUGGGUGCCUGUUUCCUGCAGAAUAAUACAUUGCAUUUGGGAAAGUCAUGUCGCACAGGACCACGUUGCAGCUACUGCAGGAUGAUGCCGAUGGGCCAGCAACUGCAUUAGAUACAUGAUCUAGCGUCCGUCCUAUGAAGGACUAUUUGAUAUCGCCCGGG